UGAGUUUGUGCUUAUCAUCUAGUCAUCCAUCGACCAAACUGUUAAGUCUAAUUUAUAAGGUCUCUUCGCGCUACAACAUAAAGAUGACGACGGUAGUGGAAAUGGAAGUACCAAUGGAUUGUCCUGGUUGUGAGAACAAAGUUAGGAAAGCUCUUGAGAAGAUUACGGGAGUCCGCGAUGUUCAUAUAGACAUGAAGCAGCAGAGAGUAACAGUGACUGGUUCGGCGGAUGAGAAGAAAGUUCUGAAAGUUGCAAGGAAUGUUACAGGGAGAGAUGUAUGCUUGUGGUCGUGCCCUUACCACCCCGAAUCUAAUGCAUAUCACGACAGGUACUUCAAGAAGAAGUUUCGAAAUAGAAUCAACAUGUCCGAUAACGGUGAGAAAGUGAGUUCCUACAACUACCACAAGCAUGGCUACCACGGACACGACCACGGAUACCAUCAGGAACGGCCUUAUUCGGGUCUUAUCGACGAGAACGCUAGUUCAAUGUUCAGUGAGGAAAACCCUCAUUUCUGCAGCAUUAUGUGAUCGAUCUUCAUAUUUCAAAAACUAGUGUAUGUGGGUGGAAACAUUUUGUUCGGUUUUUGUUAUGCACCAUUGUAUAUAAACAAGGCCGUUUCUGUACUGUUGGAUAAAAGGCAACUUAUUGAAUAAACGGGAUUUUAUUGUAAAUGUAAUGUCGAAAGAUGAUUCUAUUGAUUCA